AAUUAAAUUGCACAAAUCAUUAUGUCAUAUUCUGUGCAUCGAAUUCCUACGGCCUGGAUACCAAUGCGAGAUGGAAUCAGACUGGCAGCUAAACUGUGGAUCCCUGAACUGGAGGAUAAAACAUUGGACACAUCUGUAAAAGCUGAAAAAUAUCCGGCUAUUUUAGGUAAAUAAACAUAUCGGCAAAUGAACUUAUCAAUGGGCUAAAGAUUUUGAAUACAGCGCCUACAUGCACUUGGGUUUGCGUGAGGUAAAAACAUUAGUUAUACCUAGCUUGCAAGAGCUUGUAAACAUAUUACGACUAGGGAGAUAUUAAAGGCUUAAAAGAGAAUUCGUCGCUUAUCAGUGUGUACUCCUGUAAAAGAAACUUUCUUUGUUUUUUGGUUUGUUUUAAAGUUAUCGUCAUAUUCUCCAGAAAUUCUUCCAUACAGACGCGCUGACUACACGGCUCAGAGGGAUGAAUCGGUUCAUUCAUAUUUCUGCUCUCAUGGCUAUGUUUGUGCCCGCGUGGACAUGCGGGGAUCUGGGGAUUCAGAAGGAUUUUAUUAUGAUGAAUAUGAAAAACAAGAGCAAGAUGACUGCUGUGACGUCAUCAACUGGGUUUCACAACAACCUUGGUGCACGGGAAAUGUUGGUAGGUUAGCUGAUCUCGUAGAGACAAUUAUUUUAUUUUCGUAGAAAACCUACAAGGUGACUUGGUGACAUAUUCCUUCGGGCGUUUGCUUUGUUCUUAUUUUGAGUUCUGAUUGACUUUUUUGAUUUUACUCUUUGUUUUGAUUGGCUUUUGUGAUAACUAUCGUUUUGGUUUUAAGAUACUUAAUCGGAAUGCACUCUUGACUGGAACGAACCCCUUAUAGGACCCUCCUGCUUUAGCUUCUACUACCACCCUCAUACAGUUAGACCUUGAGCUUUCAAUGAAUUUUAAAAGUAAAUCUUUCUUCGGAAGAACCUUUAUUGAUUGGAAUACCCAAUCAACGAUUUCACACUAAUUGUUUCAAAGUUAGACAGUGUUACGGCCUGUCUGGAAGCCCUUUUCGUGGAUGUCACGCAACCCGUUAAGGGAGCGUCGUUACGUGACAUCCUAUGCAACAGCUGCGAAGGAGACUAGAGCGUUAUUUUCGUGAAUAACGCGGGCGAGCUUCCAUAUAAACUGUGGCGAUUUUCGUAGCUUACCAUUUUAAAUUGCAGGUAUGUAUGGUAAAAGCUGGGGAGGAUUCAAUGGACUUCAGGUAGCUGCCAGACAACCUACAGCAUUGAAGACAAUCAUAUCUGCUGACUCUAGUGAUGACCGAUACGCUGAUGAUAUCCAUUACCGAGGCGGCUGUAUUCUUGGCAGGGAAAUGUUAUCAUGGUCACAUGUCAUGUUCCUAUAUAAUGGACGCCCUCCCUAUCCUGAAAACUUUGGACCAAGGUAGUUGUUUUAACCGAGCUGGAGUAAAAAUUUCUUUUUUCUAUCGAGAUAUCCACGUUUGACGUGCAGAUAGAUCUUGCACAAAAUCCCUUGAUGUAUUUGUUUAACUAUAUCAUCUUGGGGAAACUUUCAGAUGGAAGGAAGCUUGGCUGGAUCGCCUAAACAAAUCCAGUGAACCCUGGAUACACAUUUGGCUUUCACAUCAGUCACGUGAUGCAUACUGGCAGCAUGGUUCCAUUUCUGAGGAUUACGCCUCCAUCAAGUGUCCCGUGUUUCUUGUAGGGGGAUUUUGUGAUCUCUACACCGAUGCAAUAUUUCGUAUGGUGGAACAUCUGAAGUGCCCAGUUCGAGCGCUUAUUGGACCGUGGCCCCAUAAAUGGCCUGGUAUCGCCACACCAGGGCCUCGUGUAGACCACCUGAAGGAAUGCUUGAGGUGGUGGGACUACCAUUUAAAGGGCCUUCCAACCGGUGUCAUGGACGAGCCUGUGAUGAGGGUGUACAUGAGGGAUGGUAUGUUAUCAUCGGUUUGUCUGAUCUUUUUUCCAGAAGCAUCUGUUUGUACCAAAACUAAACAAUUUUUACGAUUCCAGGCAUUUCGAAGGCGCACCAGAAGGAGAUAUGGCCAGGGAGAUGGAUAGCAGAAGACUGCUGGCCCUCACCAAAUGUACACCAACACGAAUUUUUCCUACAAACUGAUAGGGGACUGGCAGUUGCAUCGGAUAGAGACGAAAAAAUCAUUGAAAAAGAGCCAACAGAAUCUAUUGUACCAGUCAACUCCUCGUAUCUCAGUGGAGCGUGGGGCGGUUUUCUUUUUGCAAAUGGUCUCGAGGAUCUGCCGGUGGAGCAGGGAAUAGAGGACGUUUUGGCGGAGUGCUGGGAGACGAAAACGCUUAAAGAGCCUGUAGCAGUAGUAGGCUUUCCCGAGGUUCAUUUACAUUUUACUUGUGACAGACCCAGUUCUUUAGUCGCCGCCAGACUUUGUGACGUGUUUCCUAAUGGCGAAUCUGCGCUAAUAACAAGAGGUAUGUACACUCAACAAAGCUGCAGCCACAUGCAUAGUUAAUUUAAAUAGUUCAGUGCGAGAGGAAAGCACAAUGCCAAUGUAUGCCCUUUCUCCGGAAAAAGUCGAAGGAAUACAGAAUCGGCUGAGAGUUUAAGGUCUAAACGCAUAAUUUUCUCCUUAUUUCCUGUUGCGCAACAAAACUUAAAUGUUCAGAUGGUAUUUAAGAUAUAUAAGAAAUAAAUAACAAUAGAAAGUGAGUUUAGUGUGUUUAAGUAGGAAAAUGUUUGUCUCAAAUCACUUAACGCAAAACAGCACUCCUUCCCUUCAGACGUGAAACCCAGCCUGAAAAUCCCGCGCCAAGAGCUAUGUCACGCGAUAUUUUGACGUUUUGCCUUUCGCAGUACUCGAUAAAAAUCCUAAGACUUAAAGUCACUAUUAAUUGAUCUUCACGCCGAGUUCAAUCUCUUUGGAUGAUGUUAAAAUAUUUUGCUUAUUAUUUAAUUUUCUCGCAGGAGUGCUUAACUUGACUCAUCUCCGUGGUCAUUCAUCAGGAGAUAUUCAGCCUCUUCAGCCUAAUGAAAACUAUCGUGCGCAGUUGAGGCUUGACUCUACAGCUUACACUGUUGCUGCUGGUCAUAAAAUUCGCCUGGCGCUUUCCUCAGUCCACUGGCCGUUAGUGUGGCCUUCUCCGCAGUCGUCAAGUCUCUUUAUAAAAACAGGAAGUCAAAGCAAGCUACUACUUCCAAUUCGAGUAUUUUGUGAGGACGUCAGAAAAAAAGAUUCCAAGUUGCAAUUGCAAGAAAUAGAGUCACUGAUGGAAUAUAAACACGAGAUUCUCCCUGUUGAGUGGAGGAGAAAACCAAAAAGGGAAAGGUAAACUUUAAAGGUUGCUGACUCCUACAGCUGGAAAUUUGUUUUUGUCGAUGUUUUUGAUUGCCUCUUGCAGAGACUGAAUUUCACAGUUUUGUUGUUAAAUCUAAUGCACAGCUGGUCGGAAGGUCACAUCAACUAAUUACUGAUAUGCGGUGAUGAACAUUUUCAGCCUUCAAUUUAUCAAAAGGAAAGAGUUCAAUGAAAUUAUGUAGCAAUGAAAGGGUUUAUUAUUUAUCUUCUGUAAAAUCUUGGUGCAACUCUUUUGGAAUAUUUCCCCUGCAUCGUGAGAAAUUCCUCUUCCCUGUUAUCAGACUUUCAACUUUUUUUUUUACCAUGAGCACCCAGUUAAGAUGCAGCCUUUUUUAAUUCAUUUUCUGUAGGACGCUGGAGACAUGUCAGUUGUCAGAUGAAUACAAGCUGUCAUUUACCACUGACUCUGGAUGUUUUCAUCUGAAAGACACGAACCGCAUCUACGAAAACGUCAGAAAAGAAAUGUUUACAAUCAAAGAAGGCGACCCAACCACUGCUAAGGUUACAAUGCAAGGCGUUAUUACGUUGAAGAAAGAGGAUCAGAUCGCUGAGCAGGGGGGGAGUGGGCAUGAAAGGUGGGAAGCUAGGGUCCAGGCCUUGAGCGAGAUGUGGUGUGAUGAACAAUUCUUUUAUGUGAAAAGUCAAUUAACAACUUGGCAUAACAGUGAAGAGUGCUUUGAUAGGACGUGGACAAAGAAAAUAGAACGCUUUUAUGUUUAAUGGUUUUUUCAGCAAUAAAGAGAAAAUUUAGAUCUAACCUGUGAGAAUUUUAUGAAGCAAAAUUAUUUUUAAACAUAUUUCGUUGACUUUAGAUUUUAGGAUGAAAGUAAUCGGUGAAACUUUUCAGCGGCUGCAAGUGAUCUUUACAGUUGUUGCUUAGGGAGAAAAUUGUUUUUUGGAGUCGUCAAAAUAUUGAUUUUAUCAUCGCUAACUUUUUUAAACAUUUGUUAUCCAAGGCUUAUUUGUCUUCUAAAAGUAUUCACGAUAAUAAAAGUUAGUUACUUCUUGAACCCUAUGUAAAAUUUAGUUUUUCAGUUUAAUAUUGCUGGUUUAAGUUCAGGUAAGCCUCGUUCAUCUAAACAUAUUUUGCUGGUGUGAAAGGGGUAUCAGUUUUUUUCGGUGGAAGGAAGUUGUCACAUGAUUGUGUUGCGUUGCAAAGCAGUCUCGUACCCAGACCUUCCACGGCCAAGCGAUGGGAAGGAUUCUUCAUUUCAGCUACAAAUAUGACCUGGGUAAAAUGUUGGUCGCGAACAAAUUCAAAUUAUCGAGACGCCAUUUACUGUCGCAGACAAUAGCCUGAUUCGACUGCAGGAUCGAGUGUUACUCUUAUCUGCAAACGAGUUACUAGUGCAGAUUUUUAUGAGAGUGUUCUGCCCGUACACAAUCGUUUUUCUGUUCACGCAUCAGCUAACAAUGAAUAGAUGGGAUAUUAUCCAUUAAUAAUAUUUUGCUUUAACAUAAUGGAAUGAUUCUGAAAUACAUGGACGGUCAGCUAUAAAAAAACUUAAAUUGAAUUUUGUCAACUGUGGAUUUAAAAAAAUAAAAUCCUUGCUUUUUGAGGUAUUAAAACCAGGAGCCAUUCUGACUAUAAUUGUCAUUUGCCCUGGUCUCUGCGAAAAACUAAAUGAGGCUUCUGUUCUUUCGCUUCCGGUGGAUUUCAAAGAAAACAACUCAUUUUAUGAUUCUAAAUUACUUAAGGAAUUAAAAUGAGAAAUCUCGGGAACUGUCAACCAAGUAACCUCGUAGCCAGUCAUCGUAGACGAUCGAGGUCUUCUGUAGCGUUGCGUACCAGUGAAAAACAUCCGGUCAAAUUAUAUUUCGUCUCCAAGCUCCUAACGUGUGAAGGAAUUCAAAACAAGUUGACAGCCGGUUUCAAAAGAACCCUCGUGUGUCAGAGAAGAAUAAUUCCACGGAGAGGUAACGGUGAGUAAAGUGUAAAGUUAUUCUUCAAAAGGGCAGUAACUGUAUUUCCAUUUUGCUACCUCUGAUUUACACAAAAAAUCAACUGAACGCAUUAAUAGAGCGUGAAAACUUUGCUAAAUAUGAUGGAAUGCAAUCUGCGUAUUGUGCAUUGGGCUCUUCAAUAUUGAUUACUUUUGCUAUCGUUUUUGAAAUUCACUCAAAUUAUCUCUUCACUACCAAAAAUACAAAGAAAAUGCAUUUAGUAUUAAUGUUAGAUCAUCUAAAAGCCGAGGGACAUUCUUAAAACAGCUUAUUACGCCAGAAUAUUCAUUCAAUUGUAGAGUUAUCUCGACCGCGAGCUAGAAAUAGAUUUUUUUCAAAAGAAAAAAACAAUCCUUAUAUGCUAAUUGUGUCACGAAACAUUGUUCAUAGGCCUAUCUCUCGUUAGAAAAAUUUCACUGGCCGGUGGAGUGAAUCGUGAAAAGGUUAUUUCAAAUACACUUAAAUGUUCUAAUUCGUUGUCAUAAAUGGGGAUACAAUUCUUAUUGCAAGAAAAAAUCGACACAAAUAUGGGCUGUUUUCAACUUAAAAGAACUGCAUAUUUACCAAGACAUUGUACACUGAAUGUCACCCCUCAAGGGAAACGAUUACUUUAAUUUUCCCUUUGUAUCAAUGUUUCCCGAGACGAAGUUGAGAACAGACAUAAAGUGAAUAGGAUAAGAGAGAUGGUAAUUUUUUGAGCUCGGUAAAGAAAGAGAAUAGAGAAAGAUGUUUUUCGUCUUGUUACGAGCGUGGGACAAAGAAAAAAUUCUGGGUCUCCAUGAGGAAUCGAACUCCCGACCAUCGGAUUAUUCACUCCGAUACUCUACCACUGAGCCACAGAGACUCUACAAACAUGACGCUAACGAAGUUGCUGAUCCUAGCAGUAUGCAGGACGCGUGUCAUAAGAACUUUGUAAUAGACCUCGCUCACUUUUGAGUCUUUGUGGCUCAGUGCGCGGAAUUUUUUUACCCACAGGUUGUUCCAUUGUGUUUUCAGUCUUUUAGAGGACUGGCGAACGUGUCUGGAAUCUUCGAGAAUUUAAGGGAAGAGGGCUUAGACAAUAUCACCCUACAAUCACACCAUCUUCUGAUCACGAGCAAAACUUGAUUAUUGGUCGUAUACAAUAUUAUCGUUAUCAUUAUCAUUUAUUUAUUCAUAAUUUUUGUAUUUGCGGAAUUCAACUGCACAGAUCAAUAUGUCAUAUUCUGUGCAUCGAAUUCCUACGGCCUGGAUACCAAUGCGAGAUGGAAUCAGACUAGCAGCUAAACUGUGGAUCCCUGAACUGGAAGACAAAACAUCGGGCACAUCCGCAGAAGCUGAAAAAUAUCCGGCUAUUUUGGGUAAGAGCUGGUAAAAUUUCACAAUACAGGGCCACUUAUUUAUAUCUUAUUGAAUCACUUUAACAACCUCCUUCUUCGAACCGUCCCGUCAAAAUGGACCUCAAUGGCCCUGUCUUCUGUAAUUUCUCCCUGCAGCUAUUGCCAGUCAUAAUUUUUACAGAGUGAGAGUAGAAAAUACAAAUUUGUAAUCUUGUAAUGUCCGCGUGGGAAGUACUGGUGACUGACGUUUCCAAAAACCUUAGCGGAAGUCAUCAUCAGACUCAAAAACCUUGACACACAAAUUUCGAUAGAAAAGAUGAUUCAAAAUUGUAUAUUUUUUUGCUUCGUAGAAAUACUGAGACAAGCUUUGCGCUUCCUUUUUGUUUAUUGUCAUUUUCGCUAGAAAUUCUACCAUACAGACGCGCUGACUACACGGCUCAGAGGGAUGAAACGGUUCAUUCAUAUUUCUGCUCUCAUGGUUAUGUUUGUGUCCGUGUGGACAUGCGGGGAUCUGGGGACUCAGAAGGAUUUUAUUACGAUGAAUAUGAAAAGCAAGAGCAAGAUGACUGCUGUGACGUCAUCAACUGGGUUUCACAACAACCUUGGUGCACGGGAAACGUUGGUAGGUUAGAUGAUCUCAAGGAGGGAAUUGUUUUAUUUUUGCGGAAAACCAGAGAAGAGUCUUUUCAUUCGGCGAGAAAGAAAAGAAAAACCAGGCACCUUGAACCUGAAUUUAACCUAAAAACUACUUGAGAAGGGUUUACCAUUGCAAUAGGGCAAUUUUCAAAGGAAUUUCGAAAGUGAUUCGAGAUAACACUGGCUUUGCUUCACUACUUUUUAUGCUUUUUUAUGAUACACCUCCUUCAACCAAUCAGAUGCAUAGGUGAAACUCAUCGUUAACUGAUGACUUUUUGGUGCUUUAAGCGGUUUGCUUGUUUAUUCUUUUAGUUCUGAUGGGCUCCUCGCAAUUUUUCUGUUUGCUUUGACUGGCUUUUGUGAUUACUACGCUGUGCUUUUACGAUACUCAAUCAACAUGCACUCCAAGACCUUUGUGCACGUCCUAGUCUCUACUAUAUUAACUUUCUCUCGGCUGAAAUUAUUUUUUGAUGCGACCAUUCCUGUUGCUGCGAGUACUUUCUUAGAACAAUAAUUUUUUUGAGCAUGUCACGCAAAGCUUUGAAAGAGCGUCAUUACGUGACAUCCCAAAACAGCCGCGAAGGAGACCAACCGGUGGUUUUCGUGAAUAACGAGGGCGAGUUUCUUCGUAAGCUGUGGUGAUUUUCGUGGCUUACCAUUAUAAAUUGCAGGUAUGUAUGGUAAAAGCUGGGGAGGAUUCAAUGGCCUUCAAGUAGCUGCCAGACAACCUACAGCAUUGAAGACAAUCAUAUCUGCUGACUCUAGUGAUGACCGAUACGCUGAUGAUAUCCAUUACCGAGGUGGCUGUAUUCUUGGCAGGGAAAUGUUAUCAUGGUCACAUCUCAUGAUGCUAUAUAAUGCGCGUCCUCCCUAUCCUGAGAACUUUGGGCCAAGGUAGUUGUUUUAUUCGAGCUAAAAUAAAAAUUUCUUCUCCAUCAAAUAUUUUUGUGUAACGUGCUGAUAAAUCUUGCAUUAAAUUUCUUUAGGCGUUUAUCAUAGUAUAUUAUUUCUGUAAACCUUACAGAUGGAAGGAAGCUUGGCUGGAUCGCCUAAACAAAUCCAGUGAACCCUGGAUACACAUUUGGCUUUCACAUCAGUCACGUGAUGCAUACUGGCAGCAUGGUUCCAUUUCUGAGGAUUACGCCUCCAUCAGGUGUCCCGUGUUCCUUGUGGGAGGAUUUACUGAUCUCUAUACCGAUGCUAUAUUUCGUAUGGUGGAACAUCUGAAGUGCCCAGUUCGAGCGCUCAUUGGACCGUGGCCUCAUAAAUGGCCUGGUGUGUCCACGCCAGGGCCUCGUAUAGACCACAUAAAAGAGUGCUUGAGGUGGUGGGACUACCAUUUAAAGGGCCUUCCAACCGGUGUCAUGGACGAGCCUGUGAUGAGGGUGUACAUGAGGGAUGGUAUGUUAUCAUCGGUUGCCUUUUUAUUUAUUUUUCUGAUUUUUUGUCAAAAACAUCUGUUUGUACUAAGACCAACCAUUUUUACGGCCCCAGGCAUUUCGAAGGCGCACCAGAAGGAGAUAUGGCCAGGGAGAUGGAUAGCAGAAGACUGCUGGCCCUCACCAAAUGUACACCAACACGAAUUUUUCCUACAAACUGAUAGGGGACUGGCAGUUGCAUCGGAUAGAGACGAAAAAAUCAUUGAAAAAGAGCCAACAGAAUCCAUUGUACCAGUCAAGUCCUCGUAUCUCAGUGGAGCGUGGGGCGGUUUUCUUUUUGCAAAUGGUCUCGAGGAUCUGCCGGUGGAGCAGGGAAUAGAGGACGUUUUGGCGGAGUGCUGGGAGACGAAAACGCUUAAAGAGCCUGUGUCAGUAGUAGGCUUUCCCGAGGUUUAUUUAGAGAUAAGCUGUGAUAGACCCAGUGCUCUGGUAGCCGCCAGACUUUGUGACGUGUUUCCUAAUGGCGAAUCAGUGCUAAUCACAAGAGGUAGGUCCACUAAACGAACAAACCACCUGGUGUUUCUGAUACUUUCCUAUUUUCAGUCUUUUACUGUUUGCUUUGGUCGUUUACAAUUUAGUUAAGGUUAAGAGUACCUAAGUAUGAGAAAGCCUUUGUCGUAAAUUUGCUUACCGCAAAACAUCCCAUUUCACGAUCAAACGUGAACUGCAAACCGCAAACCGGGUGCCUAAAGCUACGUCACGUGAUGUUUUGAAGUUUUUUGUUUGCGGUAGCCAAGGUAAAAACCCUAGACUUAAAGUCACUAAAAUUUAAUCUACACGCCACUUCAAUUUAAGUCAUUGUGCUCAACCUUGUCUGAUGAUUUCGAAGUUUGUUAAUUUUUUAAUUUCCCGCAGGAGUGCUAAACUUGACUCAUCUCCGCGGUCAUGCUUCAGAAGAUAUUCAACCUCUUCAACCCAAUGAAAACAUCCAUGCGCAGUUAAAGCUUGACUCUACAGCCUACACUGUUGCCGCUGGUCAUAAAAUUCGCCUGGCACUCUCCUCAGUCCAAUGGCCGUUAGUGUGGCCUUCUCCCCAGUCCUCAAGUCUCUUUAUAAAGACAGGAAGUCAAAGCAAGCUACUACUUCCAGUUCGAGCAUCAAGUGAAGACGUCAGAAAUAGGGAUUCUAAGUUGCAAUUGCAAGAGAUGAAAUCAACGAUGGAGUAUAAACACGAAGUUCUUCCUUUUGAGUGGCGGAGAAGACCAAAGAAAGCAAGGUAAACUGAUAGAGGUGUUGACUGUCGCAGCUGGACAUUUGUUGUCACUUAGCGAAACUAAACAUUAGAUUUUGGUUCCUUCCUCUGUUCGCUGGUAACUGGUUGAUUGGCUGAUAUGGUCGUUUGACCACGGUCUCGCUCGCUGUUUUGUUUUCUCGAGUUUACUUUGUUCUAUAUUUGUUUGCUGGUCCAUCACGCUAUUCUUAAUUAUGAUACAGUCAUGAGAAUUCGUUGGGAAACAAAUUCUCUAGAGCCUUCAAUUGAUAAAGGAAAGGAUUUAAUUCAGCUGUGUAACAAAAAAGGUGUAUUAUUUAUCGCCUGAAAAUAUUCCCUGUGGAAUAGUUUUUCUGUGGAAUAGUUUUACUGCAGGGUGGUAACUUCUCCUACCUAUUAUGAAACCUUCGACGUUUUCAUUAUGUUGUCAUGAAAAUGGUAUUACACCCAUGAAAGAUGCUUCUUUUUUUAUGUAGGACACUGGAGACAUGUCAGUUGUCAGAUGAAUACAAGCUGUCAUUUACCACUGACCUUGGAUGUUUUCAUCUGAAAGAGACGAACCGCAUCUAUGAUAGCAUCAGAAAAGAAAUAUUUACGAUCAAAGAAGGCGACCCAACCACUGCUAAGGUUACAAUACAAGGCCAGGUUGCAUUAAAGAAAGAGGAUCAGAUCGCUGAGCAGGGAAACAGUAGGCGCAAAAGGUGGGAAACUAGGGUCCAGGCUUCGAGCGAGAUGUGGUGUGAUGAGCAGUUCUUUUAUGUGAAAAAUCAGUUAACAGCUUGGCACAACAGUAAAGAGUGCUUUGAUAGGAUAUGGACAAAGAAAAUAGAACGCUUUUAUGUGUAAAAGAUACUUUUUUGCGAAAUUUAAGUCAAACUUGGAAUAGUUUUUUAUUCCGUUCUUUUAAUUUUUUUGGGAUGAAAUUGAGUGGUGGAAUUUUUUGAGUGAAGGUUCGACGACUUAAUUUUAAAAGUUCUUACAAGUAGAAAAUGGUGGUAUACUGUGUUAGGCAAAAGAAAUUUGAUAUAAAAAUAGUUUUUUUAUCGCUGUUUUUAUUUUAAAACUUUUUAUUCUUUUGAUUUUUUUAAAAAUUAUUUCGUACGAUUUUGUAAGGAUUUCAAGGUUCCAGGGAUUAACGAUAUAAUAAUUAUUAUCCUCCAAAAUUGAAUCAUCGAAAUGACAAAUGAGUGGUGGACUAAAAGGCAGAGUAUUAUCCCAAAAUACACGUCAUCACGCCUCGUGAAUUUCUUU